GCAGCCUGCCGUGGAUAAAUUAUGUGCGACAUGUUUAGCGGGGCCGCCUUAUAUGGAGACUGGUGUUGCUGAAUACAGUAAGGCUCUGCCAAGAGAAGGAGGGAGGGAGGAAAAGAAGAAGGAGGACGAGGAGGAGGAGGAAGGAAGGGAGGCAGGGGAGGGUGAAAGCGAAGGGAAAGAAGAGAAGGAGGAGAGAGGGCAGUAACAGAGGGAGUGAAAGAGCGAGGACUGCCGCGAAGCAAGCAUGAGGUUUUCGCUUUCCAUUCUCCCCUCAGCAGCAGUCAGAUGAGUCCUUGCAGAGAGGCAAGAGAAGUGCCUUCAUGUGCUGACCCUCCUGGCUGUCUGGCUCCUCUGAGGCCGUCUGCGCCUUCCCAAGUCCGCUGGAGCCGCUGGGGCCACACCAAAAGCACCAGGGCUGCCAUGACUGCCAGCUCCAUCCGCUAAGGCCGUCUCUGUGCAAACGACACCUCCUCCCGCCCCGCAUCCUGCUCUCUUCACCCUCCAUGCCACUCAAGCCUCCUCUGUGAAGGCCCAACUCCCUCUCCCCCGCAGCUCCUCAGCAGACAAAUAUUGAAGGCAAACAGCUUUUAUCGGCUCCUGCUAGCUGAAGAAAAUUGUUUCACUGCUGCUGUCUCCGCUGGCUCUCCUCUCCUCCAGCUGCUUUCCCCCCCUCGUCUGCUGGCCCCUGCGUUCUGUCGUCGUGGGCCGAUCCUGAUCGAUACCGCGUUGUGCUGUUCAUCUCGUCUGACGGUUCAGCUGACAAGUGAGCAAAUUGAGAGAACUGGGGAGGCGUGUGUGCACGCGUAGGCGUUAAGAGAGAGGUUACAAGACAAAGCUGUAUGGUCAUCGGUGACACAAGCCCUGGUUGACAGGCUCUGAAGGACUCCUGUUUAAGCCACAAACAGACUGCUGGGAUGGACCCCAAGUGUUAGGAGAGCCCCCAACAGGCUUCUUUCAGAUCACAACCUUGGAGCACAACCUCUGAAGCAGUUUUCUUUUUGUUUGUUUGUUUUGUUUUGGGUUUUUUGUUUUCUGAUGUUCUCAACCUAUCCCUUCUCAUCAUUUGCCCCGGUUUUACCAGAGAAAAGCAAACUUGCUGGUCAGCUAGCUCUCCCCAAACGACCCCUUCCUGUUUCAGUUUGAAAUGGCGGUGAAUGUGACAUCGAUGCGGGACACGAAGUGGCUGACGCUGGAGGUGUGUCGGGAAUUUCAGAGAGGAACGUGUUCGCGGCCGGACAACGAGUGCAAGUUCGCCCACCCUGCCAAGAGCUGUCAAGUGGAAAACGGCAGAGUCAUUGCCUGUUUUGACUCACUCAAGGGUCGCUGUUCCAGGGAGAACUGCAAGUACCUGCACCCUCCUCCCCACCUCAAGACACAGCUGGAGAUCAACGGAAGGAACAACCUAAUUCAGCAGAAAAACAUGGCCAUGUUGGCUCAACAGAUGCAGCUCGCCAACGCCAUGAUCCCCGGAGCACAGCUACAACCAGUGCCCAUGUUUUCAGUCACGCCCAGCCUUGCAACGAACGCCAAUGCUGCGGCGGCAGCAGCCGCUGCGUUUAACCCCUACCUUGGCCCCGUGUCACCCGGCUUGAUGCCCGCUGACAUCUUGCAAAGCGCGCCCGUACUGGUCACCAGCAACCCCAGCGUUCCAGUACCUGCUGCUGCCGCCGCCGCCGCUGCACAGAAGCUCAUGAGGACAGACAGACUGGAGGUUUGCCGGGAAUACCAGCGAGGUAACUGCACUCGAGGGGAGAACGACUGCCGCUUUGCCCAUCCGUCAGACAGCACUAUGAUUGACACAAAUGACAACACAGUCACUGUGUGCAUGGACUACAUAAAGGGCCGCUGCUCGAGGGAGAAGUGCAAGUACUUUCACCCCCCGGCUCACCUGCAGGCCAAAAUCAAAGCCGCCCAGCACCAAGUCAACCAGGCUGCUGCCGCCGCAGCCUUGGGGCUUCCUCCUGUUUUGCCUCCUUUGCCAAAGAGACCUGCACUUGAAAAAGCCAACGGUGCCAACACUAUGUUCAAUGCUGGCGUUUUCCAGUACCAACAGGCCCUGGCCAACAUGCAGUUUCAGCAGCAGGCUGCCUUCAUACCAUCAGGCUCGAUUUUGUGCAUGACACCUGCAACAAGUGUUGUACCCAUGAUGCACGGUGCUUCUCCAGCCACUGUGUCUGCAGCCACCACACCUGCCACAAGUGUUCCCUUUGCAACAGCAACAGCCAACCAGAUUCCAAUAAUAUCUGCGGACCAUCUGACUAGUCACAAGUAUGUGACCCAGAUGUAGGAGUCUCUGUCAGAACAAUGGAACUGGAGAUGGAGCGUGCUGGUGUCAAGUCCAAGAUUAACGGUCAACCUUCAUACAAGUAACAGCGAGAGCCGAGAUUCCGGUUUGGAACACAAAUCUGCAUGUUAGCGUGGAAGGAACAACUUGCUAGAGAGGUUCUCAUGUGACAUUCAUGCCCAGUUUCACACGACGACAUGCAAAAGAAGAAGAAUUAGGAGAGCGUUGUUUGUAUUUCAAGACUUGCCCCUCGUUUCGCAGAGGCGACUAACCUUUAUUCACCAGACACAUUUUGAAUGUCAACACAAGGUUCAUGUGGGGGGAGCAGUCGUCGGGACGGAAUCGGUACGUCCGCUGACCAAGAGUCACGUCUUGCGUUGUCUUGUCUGUUUAUUGGUUGUUGGUUUUUCGAAUGUCAAUAUGUUCACUUGUUUACACCAAGAUGCACCUUGUAUCUCAGUUAAGGUAAAGGAACAGAUAAUCUGACUGAACCACAUAUGCAUGCACAAUGAUUUUCUUUUCUUUUUUGUUGUUGUUCUUAUCUGGUUCUGUUCUUCUAAGGGUGAUGAGGGAAUUUGCCCGAGCAAGGAAGCAACUGAAUGUCUGUGAUGUGUCUUUCAAACCUUUGUAGCCUACCUUUUUAUCUCUUAAGCACACGUCUUUAACCUUACAGGAGCCCCUGUAAAGUGCCAUGCAUCUCAAAAUAUACAGGAAUUGUAUUCAAGCAGUGUUGCAAAGUUUUAAACUCAACAAUGCCCUUUAAUUCAUAUGUGUCUGAUUUGGAGUUUUGCUUUUUUUUCAGGACACCAUGUUGUGUCCAACCACAUGACGUGUCAUUACCUGUAAUUCCCGUUAAGCACCGCUGAUUGUUGCACCCCGGAUAUUCUACUGAUUGAAACCUUUUCACGAUCUGUCUUUCUGUGCCAGCAUGUGCUUUGCAAAAGUAUUCAUACCACCUUUUUCACAUUUUUUCACUCCGCAACUGCAAACUUAAAUGUAUCGCUUGUUCAUCUUUUGUGACAGACCAACACAAAGUAGCGCAUCAUUUUUUAAAAUUUUUUUUUCACUAAUGAUCUACUUUGUGGCACCACUUUUUGCUGCGACGAGAACUGCAGUUGUUUUGUUGCGCAUCUAACGACUGAAACAUUUUGCCAAUUCUUAGCUAUAAAAUGGCACAACUGUGAAAUAACCUCAUGUUCUCAGUUAGAUUUAGAUGUAGGGCUUUGCAACGCACGAAUUGAGUCGUUCUCCUGGUUUGCUCAUGACCUCCGAUCAGCCUUCCUGUUCCACUAGCGAAAAGAACCCCCCUCCCCCAAAGUGCCGCCUGCAUCGCGUCUCAUCGUCGGGACGGUGUGUUCAGGGUUGUAUGAAGUGUCGGUGUUCUGCCACCGACACUCCAUACAACAUUUUGCAAGCAGGUGACUUUCUGAAAGCCGCUGGAAAAUCUCGGGGUCAUCAAAGUUUGGACUUCACACACACACACGCCCAAUUUUUCUGCGCUACUUUGUGUUGGUCCGUGACAGAGCUAAUUCAGUUUAAGCACUCUGGAGGUUUGUGGUUGUCGUGUAGCAAAAUGUGAAAAAGUUCAGUCGAAUAAUAAUAGUAAUAAUACUUUUCCAAGGUAGCGCAAGUUGCAUGCAGGCCUGUAGAAUCUCUCUCUGGCAUAAAGACGAAAACAAUGAAAUAACUGCUGUGAGGCCAAACGGAAAUCUGUAAAGAAGAGUCUGCUGGUGGAGGUGUAAUGAUGUUCGUUUUCUUUAAAAAAAAGAGGAAAAAAAAGACAUAACCUUGUUUUUCUUAUACAUGGUUAUGCGUACUCUAAGACAGGUCGUCGAAGAAAAGUCGGUGUAGUGCGUGCGUGUAUAUAUAUAUGGUCAGACAUAUUUAAGAGCGUUCGUUUAAUACCUGAGAACUGUCUUUCGGAUAGUCAGCCAAAGUCUUUUUGUGAGUAGACUAGAGGGUCUGACUUCAUAAGGACGCCCAGCCCAAAGAAGGUUCGGGUGUUUAGAGUAGAUCUCUGAAACGGCUUGUUUGUUUUGUUUUGUUUUUCUUGUGGUUUUUCUUCAGGCAUAUUUAAUUGACGGACAAGGACAGCUGAAAGGCGGCGAGAAAAUGAAACCUGAUUGUACUACUCAUCCAAAGCCUUAGAAUGUACCAUUGGGUCAGCACAAUGCAACACGCCAUUCUGAACCAUGCAGCUGCCUAAUCCAUGCCAUAACGCAACACACACAGAACAGUAAGUGGCUGUCAUGUUCGUGUUUUCCUAAGCCCCUCCUUCCUUCUUAGACAAGGAGUGUUCAUUUUGUUUGGAAAGUACAUUGAUAUUAGUUCUUAUUUUUUGGUUUUGAGGAUGAUAUUUAUCUUUAUAAUAAUGAGUAUAUUAGGUACAGUGUGUGUGUGUGUUUCUGCGUGUGUCCUCCCAUCCAGAGUUUUCCCGAAGGUUCCACAUAAUGUCUUUUAUUUUCUUUUAUUUUUUUAUUUUUGGUACAGUUACGAUUGUAAGCUUUCUGCGUUUAUGCAUAUUGUUGAAGCGUAUGCAUUUUUUUGUUCGUGUCUCUAGUUGUUUUUUUUGUGCGUGUUCUUUGAACACACAUGUUUUAUGAGUAUCUAACAGCGUCGACACAACAGAAACAAGAGAGGCUGAGUUGUCACUGUGGCAACGUUCGUCAAUAACUGACUAAUAUUUUAACGAUUGUAAGGUUUGUACCUAGUCCUAUAAGCGUAAAAAAACAAAAAAGAAGAAGAAAAAAAAAAGAUGUUAUCGAAAAGUCUAGUUCAUAGAUGUUUAGAGUGACGAUGUUAUUUUCUAUCCAUUUUGAAUAUAAACUAUUGUUUAAAUAUUUCUACUCUCCCUGGAAAUUGGGCCAUGUUGGAAAACAAGCUGCAUAUUUUACAGGCGGGGUGAAGGUGAACAUGGCGAGCGGCGGUCCGACGCACUCGUCUCCAACUUCGCCCGCUGGGGGGGGACAGGGUGAGGGGGAUACUGUGGCGAUAAAGAGGUAAUAAAGGUCGACUUUUUUGCACUUCUGUACAUAGUAAAAAGAAAUUAAUAAAUAACAAUAGAGAGUAUCGUGUAUAUUGAGAUCUUAUUUUGAAUAAAAAAGUAAAACGAUGACAGGGAAUUUUGCUAGGACAACAAAUAAAAACAACAAAAAACGGAAAAAAAAAAGAUCCUUUUUGAAAGGCUGAACAAAAAUUGCUUGCAUUUAGAGGGCCCUGAGUUCUCACUCUCCUGCCUCUUGACAGAAUAAUAAUAAUAAUAAUAAUAAUAAUAAUAAUUAUAAUCAGGGUUUCCCCCAGUGUUUUAUAAACCUGGCGGGCCACCAGGCUUAUAAAUGCUUAUCUGUUUAAGUAUUUUUUUUAAUGUUUGCCUUUUUGAAAAACUUGAUGUGUUAUUGGACGAUUGGAAGAUUAAUAUCUGAACACCAUCUACAAUCAUCAAGUGGUAUUUUCCAAGUUCCUGCAAACUUUAAACAUUUUUUUAACUCAAAAACCCGACGGGCGGCGGGAUGGAUGACUGCCAAGCGACCCGACCACCAGACUUAGCAUGUUUUCUGGGGGAAACCUUGACAAUGAUAAUUAUAAAAGGCCAAUUGUUGCUCCCUCUUUUUUGUCAGCAGCUUGUAGUUUGCCCGGUAAAACUUCUGGAAGGAGGCGUCCACGGCCAUCCUGCGACAUAAGAGCCUGACGGGGGUCAGGAGGGGGUUGAGGGGCUCGUCUGGCUUCCCUCAACCUGUCUGAAUCGAUGGGUCAGCGCCAUGACCGCCCCCUCACCCCCCAACCCCAUCCCAGGCCUUACCUACCACAACAUGCUCUGUCUGUUUUACCUUCACUCAGAGUGGAAUGCAUGUCAACGGAAAUACAUAUAAUACACUGACGGAGAAAAAAAAGAUAAUAAUAAUAAUAAUAACCUUCACAACACACUAAUACUGAAUAAGAACUCAUUUACACAGAAAGAUGUAUUUACAGUAUACAAUAUUCUAUCAAUGUAAUGGAUUAAAAAAAUAUAUAUAUAGAAUACAAAAACAUAGAGUAGUGGUUUUAUUUAAAAAAAUGGUUUUCAGAGACUAUACUCACUAAGAUUUCACAACUUGGGGAGAUUAAACACAUGCAACACAAACACCAUAGCUAUAGGAGUCAUUUUUGUUUCCGUUUGUGUCAGCUGUGCUUGUGGUCGAUGGAACGGAUUGGACAGAAAUGUCAGGGCGACGUCAGAGUCCUAAAGAAACCGCCGUCAGUAAGGCUCCCCUUCCGCAGACAUUUGAUUCCAAAUACCUUACAAUUAUUGCAAAUGGAGUCCUUAUCGUUUCAAUGUGUGUGCUUCAUCCUUGAAUCCAAAAGAACCCCCUCCAAGAAUUUCUGGUCUGGUCAAACAAAGCUUUCCCCCAUUAAAUGAAUGUGAAACGUCCCAAGUCUGCAAGUUUUAUGACAACGUAUUGGUGCUUUCUGCUUUGCACGGCGUCCCCCAGGGAUGUUCACAAAAACUUUAAAAACUGAGUUCAUUUCAUAGGAGGUUUUAUAAUUUGUACUUUUUUUUUAAACUGCUCAAGAGGACUGCACCAUAAAUACACUGAUGUCAAAUUAUUACUUCGAUUGUCAAUCAAUGCCAUUAACUUCUUUUGAUUGUUCAUUAUUUCUUCGUGUCAUGCAGUAAUUUGAAUAUUUUUGUUUUUGCCCUUAAACCAAGACGGAGGUGCACAUCUGUGCAGCUCCUUUAUUUAGCUCUGGAGGUCUAUUGUUUUGUUUCUUUGGUUUUUUUUUUUUUUUUUUUUUUUUUUUUUCCUGCCGUGAACGACAAUGUCAUUAGCAAGUCUUAGGGAAAUCUUGAUAAAAAGUGAUAAUUUUGAGACCUGACAAACUGGCAUCCUACGAGGAAAUCUGUAGAAAACUCAAAGGAUAGUCUAGUUACUGGUAAGAGUUUAUGUAGUAACAGGAAACAGGACACUAAUACAGGAUACAAGUAUAGAAAAACGUAAAAAAAAACAAUGGUGAAACUCUACUUGAGUUAUCAGAUGUCUCCGGAACGAACAAUGCAGUUGUUCACGUGCUUUCUCUCAGAAUCGUGUGAUGUUCUCUCCCUUGCAAUCUUAUGCAGAAAUAACUCUCACCGUCUUCUGAAUAAUAGAUUUCGAACAGACCGAACACCCUCUUCACGAAUCAACUUUCACAAACCUUGCUAACCUUUUUCUGCACGGUUUUGGUGUAAAGUGCAGAUCCUCACUUCAUCGAAUUCGCGUGUUGCCAAAAAAAAGAGGAUGUGUAUCUAUUCUAUUUACUUCCAUUAGAAAGGGAUUUUUUUUUAAAUUUAUGAAUGUAUUUUUUGUAAGCAAGUUCAAUCCUUUUAACUGGACAUUGUUCUCCAGACAUUCCAGACGUCCCUGCAACGUUUAUAAAAUCUCGGAUGUUCAUUUUGGGGUAAAUUGUGACUACCGUAAUUUCCAGACUAUAAGACGCGACUUUUGUCUCACGCUUUCGACCCUGCGGCUUAUACAACAAUGCGGCUUAUUUAUGAAUUUUUUUCUAACUGCCAGUAGGGGCGCUGGAGCAGAAAAGGUAAGCGUGAGACAGCUGGAAUAUAUCUGUAGAGGAAGACUAAUGUAACAUCGUGCUUUGUGCAUGGAUAAAAUUAGCUUGAACAGACCCUCAUCAUGGAGAAUGCAAGAAGAAAUGCAUAUGAUGCAGCUUUCAAGUUAAAAGCAAUCGAGCUGGCCGAUAAAGAAGGAAACAGACACUGAGGAAGAAGACUUCCAUGGUUUUCAGUGCACAGGAGGAAGAGGAUGACAGUAUGUUAUUUAAACCAGCCCUGUUAGUGUUGUUUUGCUAUAUUGCUGCUGUUCAGAAAGAAAAGCUACGGCAUAUUAUUAAAACUUUAAAAACACCUUCUGUGUACCGUCUUUCUUUGUAAAUGUAUCAUGUUUCAAUGUAGGCACAUGCGGCUUAUACACCAGUGCGGCUUAUGUAUGUACAAAAUGUGUUUCCUUUAAAAAUGUAGGGGGGUGCGGCUUAUAAUCAGGUGCGCUCUAUAGUCCGGAAAAUUACGGUAUUUACAUCAGAACAAUUGAAAUUUGUAGACUUCUGCGAUCUAGAACGAGACAAAAUAUGUUCAUUAGAGACAUCAGUAUCUCAUUAACACAAAUGCAAAAAAUAAAAUAGAAUUACUUACCAAUUAAUGUAUUCAAUUAAUAAUUUCUAUUUCUGGAGGAAUUUUACUGUUUGAUGAUGAGCCUUCGCAGGAUGCAGAGUGAAUCUGUGAUCAGUUUAGGUAUCUGCCCUCAUCCUCCUGCUGCAUCCGCUUUACACAAACCACAGACUUUCUUGUUCCCACACGCUUCAUCUCCUGGAGCCUGUUGUACGUUUGCAGUGUUAACGCUCCUUCCCAAACCGAGGCGUAGUUCGUAAAUUUAUCACGCAGUCGGUUUCAGAAGACGUGUGGCAUUCUCUUUAAAUUUUCCAAAAAGAUCCAUGAAGAUUUUUUUCUUAUAAAAUAAGUAUAUUUACAAAGCCAGGACAAAAAAAGGCCGGGUAAAUCAACUAAGUCGGACUGAUCAGUGUGAGCCAUGUAACCACGCACACCAAAUUCUGCUCUGUUUGAAUAUUAAACGUUUGCUCUGAACAUUCGCGUUAUCCUUCCUCUUCUACAAGCACACUCUUCUUAUAUUUAGGAUGUAACGUAAACUGAUGUUUUCACUUUUGUGUUUUGUUUUUCUUUUUACGAUUUGUAUGUUUGCUUUUUCUGCUCAUAGUGCUAAGAUGACGUAUCCUGUCCUCUGCCGCAGUUUGUUUCUGCUUGUUUUGCUGUUCCAGGCCCCUUGGAAGAAUGCGUUACGUUGCGUUUGCAUGCUGGCCGCCUCGUUUGGGAAAGGCGCUCACAGGGAACGGUGUGCAUAGAGUGCAACAGACUUAAGCCAUAAAACUUCAAUCAUCAGAACGAAAUAAGGAAGGAGCUCACAGACGGGUGGGGCGCGGUACUCUUUUUUUUUUUUUUUUUUUUGAGUUGACAGAAAUGCCUCGGUUUUACUGACGACGACAUCAUGCACUAAAUCAAGAAGACGUGUAGAGUAUUUAAUAGAACCUCUGGAGUGAUGUUUCAACUUUACAGGUUAUGUGGUGUUAUGAGAAAAAGUUUCUUUUUGUUUUUUUGUUUGUUUGUUUGUUUGUUUUUGUUUGUUUUUUUCUCAUGGGGCCUGUAUUGCUAUAUAUUCUUGCUGUUAUGAAUUUGAAAAAUGUAAUAAAAUUUACAACUCA